AUGAGGCACAUUCAGCGAAUUUCUGAGGUUUUAAAGGGGUCAAAAAAACACGUGGCUGACACCCUUCUCCCAGCACCGUCUUCAACUCACUCGUAUGUGUCGUCCCGUCCGCAAACCUCGGAACACCGCUCCGGUGAGGAUGACGACUACCUAAGUUUUCUCAACACUGAUGUGGGAAGUCCCGUGCAUACAAGUUUAUUUGCCCAACCUCCCUUCCACCAAGUCUACAAGGCGCCGGCAAAACCAACUGGAACCACUGGUCUGUCGGCGUCACCGCCACGAGUUCAUCGCUCCGGAGAGGAGCCCGGGAGUCCUGCCGCGCAAUCCCCAACGCAGGGUACUUCCGAUAUUGUUCUCAAAGCCAUCGAUGUUGCAACAGCGUUGCUGCAAAGGAGAGAGUUAAAACGAGCAGUAGACGUGUUGCAGCACGCCUACGACGUGGGUGUUCGGACCCGUAUCAGACCUGGAAACUUUGAACGCGUGGAGGAACAUCUGGUUCUCUUGAGGAGAGAAUACUACAAGCACUUCAAACCCCGCUUUCUUCAGGACAAUCCCGUACUGCCGGAAGAGAUGGAUGUUUUGCGAAAGUCCGGAAUCACCACGACAAUUGCACUCCCGAUUUGGGAUGACUUGAAAGAAGGAUAUGGGAGAGAGAACGUAUUUAUGCCGUGUGAGGGUCACUGGAAUGACACCUUCACACCAGAACUUUCCUCUGUGCAGAAGUCCGCUGGUGCCAGGUAUGUGUGUAUCGGUGAAGCAAGGCGAGGUGUGGAGUUCUGCAUCAUACGCGCGGCGGAUCCGUUGAACAUCAAGCAGACAGUGGUGGGGGAUUGCUCCAUGGUCUGCAGUCUUAUCAUAUGCGCCCUAUAUCAGCAGCGGUUCCCCAAGGCGAAGAUAAUUAGCAACGUCAUCUUCCCACAGGAUUCGGAUGGUGUUCCGGUAGUGAACCCGAAGGGGAAGUAUUGCGUCAAGAUGCUUGUGAAUGGUAUCACUCGACUCAUUACUGUGGACGACCGGUUCCCAGCAAACCCGCAAACGGGAGAAAUGCUUUGCACGUAUAGUCGCGACAAAUCAGAGCUGUGGGUGUCAAUUAUGGAGAAAGCGUUCGUAAAAGUUUGCGGCGGAAGUUAUGAUUUUCCUGGCAGUAGCAGCAGUAGCGACCUCUACAAGCUCUCUGGUUGGCUUCCAGAUAGUGUUGACUUCACUGUAAAGGACUUUGAUAGGAAUUUGCAGUGGUCAAGAUUCUUCAACCGGUAUGCAGAUGGUUCUCUUCUCAUUACGGUGAGUACACCCCCACUCUCCGAAGCUGAGGAAAGGAGACUUUUGCUCGCAUCAGAACAUGCGUACGCCGUUUUGGAUAUGAGAGAGAUGUCAGGCGUGCGACUCGUACAAUUAAUGAACCCAUGGAGCCGCCGUGCGUGGAGUGGUAAAUUUUCCCUCAACGACAAGAGACCGGAAGUUGUCAAGGUUCUCACGCAGCUACAGUACGGCUCACCACAGGCUGAUCAAGGCAUUUUCUGGAUUACGUGGGAUGAUCUUUGCACAAACUUUUCCCGGUGCUCGUUGAGCUGGAACCCGUAUAUGUUGUUCAAAACGCCGGAUGGUAUGUCGCAGCGGCCCACGCGACUUUCCUGUCACAGUCGUUUUCCCUACACAACAAGCAUGGGUCAGUCCCCACAGUUCCAUAUUGGCGUAAUCGACGCACCGAAGCCUUCCCGCAUGCAUCUUGUGUUUUCACGUCACAUGACGGAUCCGACGGCGUUUGGUCAACAGUUUGAUAGGGACCACCCGAAUGUACCGUACGUUUCUCUCAAGGUAUAUGAUGUCACUCGGUUCCCUUCCAUCGCACAGCAUCUGGGAGCUCGUUGUAGUUUUGGCAUGUGUUACUGUCGCCGGCUCGCCCACGGAACAGAGUUGGGCGUAAAAAUAGCCCCCUUGAGCAAUCCCACAUACCGAAACAUGGCUGCGUAUACACUGAGCUUCAACUGCCCAGCUGGUACAAGUGAUCUUCUAGUUGUUGUUAGUCGGUUGGAAUCUGCUAUCAAGUCAGAGUUCAGCUUUUCCCUCACACUUCACACAGAAUGGCCUCAAGUACUGCUGCAGGAGUCGGCUCAGCGCUGCUGGGGUGUGUAUAUACAUGCCAUUCCCCGCAGUAGUCUCAGGCAUUGCACUGUGACGCACGGCAAAUGGGUAAAAGGCGUGAGUUGCGGGGGUAGGAGCUUUCUGCAAACCUUUGUGUACAAUCCCCAGUACCUACUAACACUUGCACGUGCAUCGAUGGUAUCCGUACGUUUAUGUGUAUCAGAUCAAAAUAAUGACGAUAGUGACAAAAGUGUUCAGGUGCACCUCCUGCAAAAAAGGCAGGACCCAGGAGUGGGGCAGGUCAAGUGGGCUGCACGGGUGGGUUCUACCAAUGAAUGUAGCUUGCACCUGUGUGCACCGUUGUUUGCUCAUGGUGGUGUUGUCGUAGAUACAAGCCUUCGAAGCUGUUUUGCGCCAGAGUCCGUGCACUACCCUGUUCCACAAUCGCAUCAACUACAAUCUGAACAACAGCUACAGCAAAGCCAAUGGACGAAGAAGGCCCUAUCAACGUCGGAUGGACCACUACCUCCCCUUCCUGCCGGUGACUAUACAAUUGUAGUUGCACAGUGGGAGAAGGGUAUACCCGCAGCGUUUGAACUUACCGUUGAAACGACGGAGCCACAUCAACUACGGGAAAUUGUGCCAGAGGGUGUUGGUUGGGUGGAGACAGCUGUUCGGGGAAAGCUUCAGGGCGGAAUCACUGGUGUAACAAGGUCUAUCAUGCUCAGAACAGAUUCAUAUAUUACAAGCAACAGUAAAGUUUCCAUUGUUACAACCUCGGCAGGGGUUUUGACCGCCCGCUUGCUCUUGCUGAUGGCACCAGCCGAGGAAAAGGAGGAAAAUGAAGCGAGUUGCAUUUCAACCAACUUGACGGUGUUCCGCUCGGUGGACGCCACAUCUCUGCAGCGUGUUGCUACUUCCGGUCCGUAUAGGCGAUGUGGCGUCUCAUUGGAACCUCUCAAGGUGGACAUGAAUGCUACAUACAUCAUUGUUGUUUCGUCAUACACUCCCUCUCGCGAGGAGUACGUCUUGCGAAUCUACUCCAACACUCCACUGAAGGCGGAGGUGUUGUAA